ACCUGGGCAUGGCGAUGUAAAACGAAACCCGCCUAUAUAAAGCAGUCCCUGGCCUUUGGCUUUCCCCUGUCUUCGCAUCACUGUCCCUCCAUCUCACAUACUCACACAGUGGGAGUGCGGUGGUCUUCUGCUGAGAAUAUAACAUCACUACAAUUUAUUUCCCAUUUUGCCGUUCCCUCAUCGUGUUUCCAUGGAGCCACGAGGUGUUCUCCUCUUAGGUUUCAUCUGCGUUAUCGUCGCCGGCGUCGGUGGCCAAGCUCCGCCCAGCCCACCCACCACUACUCCCUCUCCUCCUACUCCCACUGCACCCACCACAGCUCCCCCUGCUCCUCCUACUCCCACAGCUUCACCUCCCCCUACCAACAAUCCACCUCCAACUCCAACAUCAUCCCCGCCCCCUGUACCUUCAUCUCCUCCUCCCGUAGUGUCGUCGCCUCCGCCAGCUGUCACUUCUCCACCCCCGGUCCAGGCUUCACCGCCGCCUGCUUCCUCCCCUCCUCCGGUGAGCUCCCCACCACCGGCUUCACCUCCUCCUCAAGUCAGCUCUCCUCCACCGGUUUCCCCUCCUCCUCCAGCUCCGGCCUCCCCUCCUCCAUCUCAACCACCUCCGCCAGCCACUCCCCCGCCACCGGCAUCUACACCCGCACCACUGGCUGCCCCGCCAGCUUCUGUUCCCUCACCAGCUCCCGCUACGCCGACAUCCCCAGCGCCGUCGCCUUUGUUGCGGAGUCCUCCGUCUCCUCCGACGGCAGCUCCAGCUCCUGCUCCCAGCCUGGGCACUACCGCCCCUGCUCCAUCAGCCACUGAUCAGAGUGGAGCAGAGAGCAUAGAGUCGUCGGCCAAGAUUAUAUCGAGCUUGGCCUUUGGAUGGACUGUCCUAUAUUUCCUAAUUUAGAUCAAAUCUUGUCUUUGUCAUCUACAUUUCUUACUAAGUAUUACUGCUCAUAUUGCUUGCCAUCAUUUUGAUUAGCUCGUUGGAUGGACUUUUUACCUGUUGUACUCGAUUUACGCAUUCACUUCAAUUCUUUGAGAGGCUUAUAUGGAGCUUUUUUGUGUAUGAAUUGAGGGGUUGAUUUUUUUUUUUUUUUGGCCCACAUUAUUCUCGAGUUGUUUUUUA